GUCGCUCUUUCUCUCGCUCGUAAGCGGUCGACCGAGUGUUUCUCUCUCGCUCGCGAGUGACGUCUCUACUCGCGUUUUCGCGUGCGUCUCAUCCGCGUUCCGCGUUUUAUCCGUACCGCCUAGUUCCGUUGUUUUAUUCGCCCUUGUGCCGUCAUCAAUUUCCGCGUGCGCUCCGUUUUCCGCGCCCGCGUUGCGUCUCGCUCGCGUCUGUGUGUCGUCUCGUUUUCCGUCCGUAUUGCGUUUCUUUCUAGUCCGCGUUUUUCCGAGUGUUUCGCGAGCGUCUUGCGUGCACACGCAGUGCGUUUCAGGCGCUCCGCCUUUCUCUUGCGAGCGAUAUAUAUUUCAAGUGCGUUCUUCUUUCCUUUCUUUGUUCUUUGCGAUUUUUCGUUUCUAGCGUUUCAAUUCUCGAACAUUCCUUCAUGUCCGCGGUGCCCUUGCUGGCAUUGUACGUUUCGUAAAGAUAAUAUUGUCACGCGCUGUUCUCGUGUUCGCGGUGCCCUUGCUGGCAUUGUAUGUUUUCGAUCUCUUUGUUCUGUGAUAUUAGUUUUUAAUCGUUGUAAAUAUCGCGCUAUUUGUUAACCCUGCGACUUUGGUACGUUCUAGAAUUAGCGGUUGAGUGUUCAAGAAUAAACGUGACCGAGUCAGAACUUCGCGAGACGUUGCUGGCGACGGUCGAACAACAAAAUUGUGGCGUGAAUUCAAUUAUCUUGUCUACUCCUGUCUUUCUGAUCUUUCAGAGAUCGAGCCUGCCUUCUUCGCGUGUCUUCGUUGAUACAGCCAUUUUGUCAAAAAUCGAUGGAGAAGGAGAAAACGCCAGCUUUUCUUCGCAUGAGAAAGCAGUUUUAGACUUCUCUCUGCUGCAAGUAGUUCGAAGUAUUUAUGAUUGAUCAAUUGGUAGAAUUUUCUAUGUUCUAAUUCUUUGUAAUCAACUACGGAACGUUACAAUGGACAUAAUAAUUGAUACUAAAGGUGACUCUGAUCUGACAAAUAAAAAUCAGUUAGAUGAUGAUGAUAUUGACGAUGUGAAAACUAACACCAUCGGUGUUGAUUCAACAAAGAUAUUCAAUAUAGAUUAUUUGGACAUGAAGGAGAAAAAGCAACUAAAAAGAAAGAGUGUUUCUAGCAAAGACUUUGAUCUUGAUAAAUUUGAAACUGAUAUGGGCUGGAAAUCUACGAACAUGAUUUUUGAACCAGUGAAAAUAUCGGUGCAUACAAGAGAAGAAGUCGAUCCAUUGAGCAGGAUUUUAGAAAAGAGCAUUAUAAAGUCUAAUUUUGAACAAUUGCAUGUUAUACCAUCUUAUGAAUUAAGCAAACAUCAAUUAGAGAAGCACAAACGACGUGAAAAACAAAAUUUGGGAAUGGAUGCAAGGUGGUUUAAUAUGCGUGCACCUGAAAUAACGCCAGAAAUCAAACAUAAUCUUGAAGUAAUAAGGAUGAGAUCUACUUUGGAUCCAAAACAUUUCUAUAAGAAAAAUGAUAUGGAAGCAUUACCAAAAUAUUUCCAUGUCGGCAAAGUUAUCGAUUCUCCGAUAGAUUUUUACUCCUCUCGUCUUACAAAGAAAGAGCAUAAAAAAACAAUCAUUGACGAACUUAUGGCAGAUGCUGCAUUUACAAAAUAUAACAAACGUAAAUAUAAGGAAAUUAUUGAAGAAAAUCAAAAAACACACUAUAAAGUAUAUAAACGUACAAGGAGGCUUAAAACGAAGAAGAGAAUAUAAUAUGUUUAUAGAAAGCUUAUUUUAUAUAGCAUACAAAAGUAUUGUUAAAAAUUAAUUACUAUUAUUAAAAAUUGGUACUAACAUACAUAUCUUUAAUCAAUUCAUAUCUUUAAAUAUUGUUUCCUUACUAUAUAAGAAUAUAUUAAGAAUAUAAUAUAGAAAUAUAUUGAAUAACUCAAUAUCAUAUGUUUCUUUAAUGAUUCUUAUUGAUAUUAUUAUUAAUAAUAGAAUUGCAUUGUUAAUCCAUAAUUAGAAAAACUUUGGUUAUUUCUUUUUUAUUUUGUAAUUAAAGUAUUUUGUAAUUAGAGAAAUAUUUUGCAAAUGGAGAUUGAUUAUAUCAUUGAAGCAAUUUUUGUUAAUUUUUAUCAAGAAUUUGAAAUGGUCCGAUUGCUUACAUUGCCAAUUGCUCAAUCAAAUAUUAAAUUUUGGGAGUUUUGUUUGACUGGGAGAGUCCCGUUAGCGCACAAUGCGAUAGCACACAUCCACACAUCAGCUGCUGCUUAGGAAUCUUCCAAUGGAUCACCAAUCAGAAAAUUUUAUAUUUAAUUGACCAAUCAGUGUUGUGUGCUAUCGGAUCUCUCUCGUUUGACGUUGCAAUUAGACAUAGCCAUUUACAGCGAUGCGUAGAGAUUUUCCACCCGAUCAACCAAAUAAUUUUGAUUUUAAUAAAAAAGAUUUCUUAAUCAAGAAGAUUUAUAAAGUUCAUUGCGCAUUGUUUACCGCGCGUUUUCUCAUUGCUCCUUGUUUGUUAAUUUUUUCAAAUAAUUUUGUUUUAAAUUGACCAAUCGGCAACGUGGACAAUUGGGCACCAUCCUAAAUUUUUAAUAAAUGAUCCAUUAGAAAAUUUCUAUGCACAGUAUAAGUGAACAUGUUCGAUCGCAAUAUGGUCAAAUGGGACGUUAUGUGAUACUUCCCAAAUUAAUAAAAAUGGUAGAAAACAAAAAAAAAA